GCCCACCCUUCGCCUCCUUUUCCGCGGCUGCAUGCUGCGCGACCGCUGAUUGGCUACGGAGGACGGAAGCUCAGUUGGGGUUUCUUUAGAAGUUUUCCCUUCCUGGGCGGCGGCGGAGCUGGUAACCAAGGUAGAAACGCUCAGGCAGAAGCUUUCUUGACUCCUAGGGAUGGCGGCAGCUGCAGCAGGACCUGCAUCGUCCCAGCGGCUUUUCCAGAGCUUCUCAGAUGCUCUGAUCGACGGGGAUCCCCAGGCAGCAUUAGAGGAGCUGACCAAGGCCUUGGAACAGAAUCCGGAUGACGCACAGUAUUACUGUCAGAGAGCUUAUUGUCACAUUCUUCUUGGGAAAUACCGUGAUGGUAUUGCCGAUGUAAAGAAGUCUCUUGAACUCAAUCCAAAUAAUUGUACUGCUCUUCUGAGGAAAGGGAUAUGUGAAUACCAUGAAAAAGACUACGCUUCUGCCUUAGAAACAUUUGCAGAGGGACAGAAAUUAGAUAGUACAGAUACCAAUUUUGACACCUGGAUUAAAAGAUGCCAAGAAAUUCAGAAUGGAUCAGAAUCUGAAGUGUCUGCAUCUCAGAGGACCCAGUCAAAAAUCAAGUAUGACUGGUAUCAAACCGAGUCUCACGUAAUCAUCACCCUUAUGAUCAAGAGCGUUCAGAAGAAUGAUGUACGUGUGGGAUUUUCAGAGAGAGAGUUGUCUGCUUUGGUGAAAAUUCCUGCUGGAGAAGACUACAGUUUGAAGCUGAGGCUGCUCCACCCUAUAAUACCAGAACAGAGUACAUUCAAAGUACUUUCAACAAAGAUUGAAAUUAAAAUGAAAAAGCCAGAGGCGGUGAGAUGGGAAAAGCUAGAGGGACAAGGAGAUGAGCCCACACCGAAACAGUUCACAGCAGAUGUAAAGAACAUGUAUCCGUCCUCAUCUCACUAUACCCGGAACUGGGAUAAGUUGGUUGGCGAAAUCAAAGAAGAAGAAAAGAACGAGAAGCUGGAGGGCGACGCAGCUUUAAACAAGUUAUUCCAGCAGAUCUACUCAGACGGUUCCGAUGAAGUGAAACGUGCCAUGAACAAGUCAUUUAUGGAGUCUGGUGGUACAGUCUUGAGUACCAACUGGUCUGAUGUAGGUAAAAGGAAAGUUGAAAUCAACCCUCCCGAUGAUAUGGAAUGGAAACAGUACUAAAUAAAUCAAUUUGCUAUCACUGUAUUGCGUGUGUUCGAGAGAGCCCAUUGUGUGCUUUAUCAUAUUCUUGAGUUUUAAACAGUAUCUUUUGAAAGAUUAAACCUUCUUGCCUCUCUGUGCUUUAGAAAUGAUUUUUCCUGCAAGUAUUCUAAAGAGUGACAAUCACAUCUUAUCAUUUCUGUCCUUAAGGAUUUUGCACAUCCUGAAACUGAAUGAAAUGCCAGUUGUUCCUAGAUAGAUCCGCUCUGUCUAGUUAUGAAGUGGAGAAAUCUUUAAUAGCAUCUUGGGUAAUUGCCUUAUUUUUGAUGCAGUGUUCUGUCAAUAAUUGAUUAGACCUGGCAACUUUGGUGGGUCUAACGUUUUCAGCUUCAGUGUUGUGUUUACUUUUCAGAGCUGCUUUGGAAUGAGAGCUGUGCAUUUCUCUGUGAAGGCUGCUGCUUUAUUUACCUUCCUCUUAAGUUUUUCCUGGGAACUUUGAGAAAUUGCUGCAGAGAAUUCCCUCAUUUAGUUUUUAUGAGAAGUAUUUGUAACUGCAGCAAGAUUUUGGUUCUACCUUCUAAAUUCUCGAAUAAAGCAUAGAUUCUCGAGUUUACCAGCACACAGAUGUAACUGUCAAUAAGUAAUCUGAGUUGGAGACCAAGAGAAUGCCAGGCCUCCUCUGCCACCAUUACUGUGGUUUCAGUACUUAAAUGGAGAGAGAUGCCCUUAGUUUCAGAGUGUAUAGUAUAGCAGAGAGAAGGCUGACAUUCAGGAAAACUUAGGAAUGGCUGAAUGUUGGGCUACAGAAUAGUUUUAACAAACCAAAAAAAAUUACCCCAUGAUGAAUUCUUUGCAGUCUAUAAUAAUGCAUAUUCCACUGGCAACUCACAGAUUUGACAUCAUUUUAUCAGCCUUUGUAUAGCCUAGUGGCGGGUCUGUGCUCUGGUAGGUGUUACUGAUAAUUUUGUGGCAAGACACUCCCUUGUAUCCUCAGAGCUGAUGGUGAAGUGAAGGAGAAACAUGUUGGAAAGCAUUUCAGCUGCAGAAAGUGUAGGAGAGUUCAUAUUUACAGUGGGCUGGUCCCAGACCCUUUGCUAAUAGCUUGUGGAAGUGCACUGGAGAUUAGGAGAGGCUGGCUCCGAAUGAAUCCCUGAUGCCCGCCUCACCUUCCAGUGACUGUUACGUGCUGGAUAACUGGCAUUACCGGUUCACACCACCAUGUUUGGCUUAAUCUUUUUGUUGGUGGUGUCCAUGCUGAAGUUCUAACUGACCUUUUGCCCACGUAAAGCUGCAAACUACUGUCCUUGUUCUUGAGCACUAAAGGGAAAGGCAAGGUUGACUUCUUGCUAGAGUGGAGUUCAGGAAUUCUUUCCUUUGGGAAACAAGAUAGUGGGUUGUGGUCUAGAUGUUAAAUUAUCUCAGUGUCUUUGAUCCUAAGGGGAAGAGAGGCUUGCUACAGAAGCAAUAAAGGCAGGACACCUCCACCAAUGUACAAGAAUUUCCAGCCCACUCACUUUAUAAUUUUCAGCAGUUAAGCCUCCCCCCACAAGAGAUAUCCUUAUUGUAUGUGUAUGUGUGUUUGCAUGAGUGUAUGUACAAUAUUUGUGUGUGUAUACACCCAGUGCCGCAGAAGAGGCCGCAGGAUGCUCUGGAAAUGGAGUUGCAGACUCUGUGAGCCUCCUCCAUGUGGGUGCUGAUAACCACGCCAGAUCCUCUGCAAGAGCAACAAGUGCUUAAUGACAGCCGUCUCUCCAGCCCCAGUAUUAAGCCUGUUAGAUUGUAAUUCCUUUAGUAAAUAAUAUCUAGAGUCUUAGAAUUAAAAGAUUGUGAAUAUAAAUAAAUCGUAUUUUUACUGUUCAACCUUU